UUUGUCUGCUGGGGCCACCAUAUAAACUUCCACAACACUAGACAAUUCUAGCCAUUAAUUCACAGCGUACUUAAGUUGUUCGCUGCACAGUGAAAACAAUAAUGCAAGAGAGAGAGAGCGCACCCAUAUAUCACAGAGAUCGAGGAGUUGAAGCAGCAAGCAGUUAAUUAUGGCGACGGGGGAUCAGAUGGUCUCCUUCCUCCAGCUCGAACCAAAUCCAUAACUUCUCAACAAAUUAACUCUUCUAUAUAUAAAGGCAAGGGGCACUGGCCACCUGGGAUAUUGGUGUAGCUGAAGUCUAAAAGCUAUAUUCGGAUCGAAGAUCAUAUGAGAAAAGAAGAUCAAAUAGAAAGGAGAAGAAAAAAUGGCAGAGUCAGCAGUGAGUCUUGUAAUUGACAAGUUGGCUCCAUUGCUAGCUCAAGGGGUGCAACUAUUGAAAGGUCUUUACAAUGAAGUUGCAGAUAUCAAAGAUGAUCUGGAAGCCAUCAGAGCUUUUCUGAAAGAUGCAAACUCAAAGGCUGAGAGAGAAGGUGUGAGCGAAAGUGUGAAACUAUGGGUAAACCAAGCAAGGGAAGUUGCUUAUCAGAUUGAAGAUGUCAUUGACGAAUAUAAUAUGCUUCAUGUGGCACAACAUCGUGAUCGGCGUGUAUUCGCGGGCUUCUUAACUAAAGUCUCUUCCUUGGUUCGGAAAUUGCCUCUACGCCACAAGAUCGCAUCAGAGAUUCAUGAUGUUAGAAAAACUCUUCACAGAAUCAAGGACAGAAGUGAAGGGUUCCGGUUCGCAUCUUCAGAGCAAGGAGGCUCAAGUAACAUUGUCUUGCAUGAUCCUCAAUCAGGUUCUCUUUUCAUUGAAGAUUCCGAGCUUGUUGGCAUUGAAUCUACAAAAGAUGAAUUGAUAAGCCUCUUGGUAAGCGGAGAAUGUCGAAGGACAGUGAUCUCGGUUGUUGGAAUGGGAGGAGUGGGAAAAACCACUCUUGCAAAGAAAGUAUAUGACAGCUACGUGGUGAAACAACACUUUCAAUGCCAUGCUUGGAUUACUGUGUCUCAAUCAUACGACAGGGUGGAACUCUUAAGGAGCACGUUAAAGAAAUUAUAUGAAGCUAAGAAAGAGCCUUUUCCUGAGGCCUUUGUCACAAUGGACGCUUUAUCGUUGAUUGAUGAACUUAGAAAAUAUUUACAGCAAGAACGGUAUUUAGUUGUAUUCGAUGAUGUGUGGGAAAUCCGCUUCUGGGGAGAUGUGGAGCAUGCCUUGGUGGAUAACAACAAAGGUAGCAAAAUACUGGCCACGACAAGAAAUGAGGAUGUUGCUAACUUCUGCAGGAGAUCUUCAUUGGUUCAUGUCUAUCAGAUGAAAUCUCUCCCUCAACGAGAAGCUUGGGAACUCUUCUGCAAAAAGGCAUUCAAGUUUGAUUUUGAAGGGAAUUGUCCAAAAGAUUUGGAGGAAUUGUCGCAAGACAUUGUUAGAAGAUGCGGAGGAUUGCCACUGGCAAUUGUGGCUGUUGGUGGACUUCUAGCGACCAAAGAAAGGGUCGUCCCAGAAUGGCAAAAAUUGGUCAAUAGUCUCGAUUCUACAAUGGCGAGUGAUCCUCAUGUUGAGAAUGUCACUAAAAUUCUCUCCCUCAGUUUUCACGACCUGCCUUACGACCUCAAAGCAUGUUUCUUGUAUUUCGGGAUGCUUCCCGAAGAUUUCUCAAUUAAACGUACAAGAAUAAUUCGGUUAUGGGUGGCUCAAGGUUUUGUACAAGAAAAACGAGGAUUGACAUUAGAAGAAGCCGCGGAAGAGUGCUUGAAUGGACUCAUUCGUCGAAGUCUAGUCCAAGUAGAUGAAGCUAGCAUGAAAGGAAUUCCCACAACAUGUCGAGUGCAUGAUCUGGUACGAGACGUCAUUCUUUCCAGGUCAGAAGAAUUAAGUAUCGGCCAUGUUUCUUGGAAUUCCUCAGCUUUGGAAGGCAUAGCACGACACAUGUCCAUAAGCAAGGGAGGAAGUGACAAUCCAAAGGGAAGCACCAGGUCUCAAACUCGCUCUGUCAUGUUCUUCUGCGGGGCAAAGCUGCAAAAGCCAAUAAUUGAUGCAGUAUUUGAAAAAUGUAAGCUUUUGACCACAUUAGAUUUUGAAAAGUGUCCGAUAGAUGAAAUUCCAGAAGAGUUGGGAAAUUUGCUACACCUGAAGUAUUUAAGCUUAAGAGAUACACUGGUGUCAAAUCUUCCAAAAUCAAUUGGAAAGCUGCAAAACCUAGAGUUCUUAGACUUGAGUGAUUCCUUGGUGGAAAGGUUGCCAGUUGAGGUUAACAGAUUCCCUAAAUUGCGAUAUCUUUUGGGUGAACCUAAACAGGGUUUUGGGUUCGUUGUACGUGGUAGCCUAGGGCAGUUAGAGCUGUUGCAAACACUCUAUUUAAUUAAUGCAGGUUUCCAUCAUGAAAGGGAAUUAAUUAAUGAGAUUGGAAUGUUGAAGCGAUUGAGGAAACUGGGGAUCAUGAAUAUGAAAACUGAAUAUGGAAGGGAUCUAUGCGUUGCGCUAGAGAAUAUGCCUCACCUGCGGUCGCUUUGGGUUGCUUCAGAGGGUUAUGGGGUUGCAAUUAUUGACUUGCAGGCAAUGUCUUCUCCUCCUCUUCACCUCCAAUCUCUCAUUCUUUGGGGGAAAUUAGAAAGGCUGCCUGAGUGGAUUUCCAGACUGCACCAUCUAGCUAAAUUGAGAUUGACUGAUACCAGGUUGAUGGGUGGUGAUUCGAUUAAAGUCUUACAAGCUUUGCCCAAUUUAAGAUUUCUUAGGUUCCUUCGUGGAUACAAUGAAGAGAAGAUGCAUUUUGAAGGAGGAGGGUUUCAGAAACUUAAGUCUCUACGUCUUGCAGGCAUGACUGAAUUGAAUACAAUGAUAAUAGACCAAGGAGCAAUCCCCCUUCUUGAAAAAUUAGAAAUAGGUUUUUGCCAGGGUCUGAAGGAGGUGCCUUCUGGGAUACAACACUUGAAAAAUCUCAAACAGCUAUCAUUGGCAAAGAUGUCAGAUGAGUUCAAUGAGAGAUUGUCACCCAAUAGUGGCCAAGACUACUGGAUAGUGAAACAUGUACCAGUUCUCCAAUACGACGGCACUUACGAUCCUGAUGAUGAAAGUUCUUAUGGAGCAUGGGUGAAGCUCUGGUUCGGGUAGCUAACCAAACUGGCUUAAGGGUUUAUGAUACUACAGGUAAUAUUGAUGAUGUUCAAGUUCUACCUGUUCCCUUCACCAGCUAAUUGCUUGACUCCAUUGAUCACUACCAUGAAAGUGCCUCAAGGAAUUCUGCUUCCAAAGACGCAAUAAUCUUCGUGCUUUAUAACUCUAUGCCAUGCGGCUGUUAUUCUCAAGAGAUCAUUAAUUUUCCU